AUGCGGCAUUGGCAUGUAUCAUUAUUAUCAUUCUGCUGUUUCUUCAUGUUCUUGUUCCUCUUCCUCUUCCUGUUGACACCUUAUGAUGAAAUCUCUGCAUCCAGAACAUCAUCUUUCGAUUUAAUCAACAAAACAUGUACAACAUGUUCCCAUAAAUCCAUUGUCUUCAACUACACCUUCUGCUUGGCGUCUCUCCUGGAAAUUCCAGCCAGCCAUAUGACCAAUCUCCAGGGUCUGGCAAUCGUAGCGACGGAGCUAGCUCUACGAGACGCGACGCGGACGCUCUCGGUCAUUAAAGGGUUACUGAGAAACGAAACGUCGGGACGUCGACAGAUGAAAACGGCUUGCUUGAGGGACUGUGAUCUGCUUUACUCUGAUGGGGUUGUGACACUGGUGGAUAGUGUUGGAGCGUUUUUGGAAGGGCGGUACGGAGAUGCCGGUGCGUGGGUGACGGCGGUCAUGGAAGGGACGACGACGUGCGAGGAAGGGUUUCGAGAUGUGGAUGAAGCGUCGCCAUUGACGGAACGGAAUUAUAGUCUUUUCCAGUUAUGUGAUGUUGCCUUAUGCAUCAUGAACUUGCUUGGUUCGGAUGUAUUAUCUUUUUAAAUCUUUAUUGUU